UUGCUGCGAGCGAUUCCCAACAUUUAAUUCAAUGGUUUCUAUCAACGGAAGCGUUCUGUGUGGAUUAAGAUAGGUUGUUUAGUGAUUAGAGCUAACAAAACAUGGGUCGCAAACGGAAAACACGUGCACCGAUAAAAAUCACUGAUAAACAGGUCAAGUUGGAGGAUUCCAACAACAGUACAGAUGCUCCUCUGGCAGUCGUAAAAAAGUCUUCGUCUCCCGAACCACAACAUGUCAUCGCUCAAUGCUCGGUCCCGCCCAAUCCGAACAAAAAACCGUGGGUGAAGAAGUGUCGCCAGUGGGUAGACGAGCAACAGCAAGAGGCUGAGCCGCCACCGCUCGAACCGGACGUCGAUGAUGAACCACCGAUGGACGAACCGGCCGAACUACCGCUGGGAACUGACGUACCCCUUCGGCAGAUGCUUAAGGAUUACAGCGAGAAGGAAAUCCUGAACUCGGUCAUGUACGAGUGCGAAUGGCUCAAGUGUGGCUUCGAGACAACCGAGGACUUAAAAUAUAUCACUCACGUCGAAGCACACGUCUAUCAAUAUCUGGCCGAGCAGGGGGACAGUGAAGAUCUCGUCUGCUUCUGGGACCUGUGCGAAUUCCGUACUUCGAGCCCGAGUGACCUCGAAAGUCACGUACACUUUCACGUGUACCACAAUCGGGUCAAAACGCAUGGAGCCAGCUUAAGCAGCAUAAUUCGCAUUCCGAAGUGCAACGGUGACAGUCGCCGGAGGAACUGCAUCGACAGUUUCAAGACCAAAUUCCGCUGCGAAUGGAACGACUGCGACGAAGUCAUCAACAAAGUUCACCUAUUCUUUCUACAUGUCAACUGUCACGUGCAGGAUCAAUUUCCGAUUGAUAGGAAAUCUACCAAACAGUUGAUGCAGUGCCAAUGGGUUGGAUGCAAACAGAUGUACAUGCGAAGCAGCAUCGCAUUGGAACAUACACGGAGACAUACGACGGAACGAACCAUCGGGUGCUACACCUGCGGGGCGAUGUUCGUUUCUCGUUUGAAGUACAUCGAUCACUGCAAGCGGCAAGUCGAAUACCACAAUCGUGAAUUCUCCUGUACGGGUUGUGACAAACUGUUCGCCACGAAGCAACUGAUGAUUGACCAUCGGAAUAUUCAUGAUAAAAAAUUUAGCUGCACGCUGUGUCCGAUGAAGUGGCCUUCGAAGAAGGCACUGGCCACCCACAUACGCUACCGACACGUGACCGUGAAGCCGUUCAAGUGUCAAAUCUGCAGUCAUCGAACCGUAACUAAAGCCGACCUGGAAGAGCACGUACUAACCCAUGACAAAAGGCGUAUGUUCCGGUGUGAGGAGUUUGGCUGCGAAGCCACCUACAAAUGUCAAAGGUCACUGAAGAAGCACGUCGAUUCUAUCCACUAUGGCGCUGGUCCGGGAAUCUACGCAUGUCAUCUCUGCGCCAGCGAGUACAAGGCCGGUGCCAGCUUGUCCAAGCAUCUAGUUCGGGCCCACCAGUUCGAGCGACCGCCCGGUUACAACCGGUUCACCUAUCGUGCCAAUCGCCACGGUAUUCUGCAACUGUCCUCGAUCACACAGAACAACGACGAUGAACCAUCACCCGACCCGUCUCCACUACCUAAACCCCGACGGCAACGGUCAGCACCGAUCAAAAAAGAAGCCGAAAAAACCGACGACAAAACCGACGACGAUACCAGCGAACCGGGCACGUUCACCAGCUUUUCCAUAGAGAAGCUGGAACCCAUUGCGAAAAAUACCUUCUCAAUCGAACUGAAGGCGGGUGUAGAACUCCCCACGCCGGUUUAUCGGAAGCAAACAUCCACGGUGAUGAAAACUCGAACGGAAUCGACGACGUCAAUGGAUGGUGAAACGUCCGAUGCCCUGCCGCUGCAAAUGAAGAUCGAAAUCGAGGAACCACCGGCCACGUCGUCGGUCGUCUCGAGGAAUAUCGACGAUUUUACCGUGAUGAAGCGAUACCUCAAGACGGAGAAACCGGUGGUCAUUUCCUACGAAGAGAUGGACUCCAGCGGAAGUGUGAUACGGAGCGAAACCGUUCAGACAACGGAGUUGAACCGGGAGAAGCUGCUGCAGGGGAAUAUGUAACGACAUUUAAGCAACGUUUUAAAUUUAAAAGUCCGUGGAAAUCUGAAUGUUAAUAUUAAUUUGAUUAAAGUACUGAUACAAAUUCAA